AUGGCCAUUGCAGGAACCAUGACCACUCUUUCCUGGCUUCGGUUCACAGUCAAGGCUGAAAGCAGCCCCGUGACCAGCAGCAAGACAGACACUGCCACUCAGCUCUCUGCUAGUGCUGUAUGCCCCACUGAGAGGAUUAAGGUCUCUGUGGCUGCCCUCUUUCUCUUCCUAUUCGUCCUCACCACGACCUCUGCUUUGUACAGCCAGCCAAAAAUUCCUGAGUCGAUAAACUCUGCUAUCACCUGCUGCUCGAAGCAUCAUGAGAAAUCCUUGCCGCAGAAAGUGGUGUUGGGAUACAGAAAGGCCCUCAAUUGUGCCCUGCCAGCCAUCAUCUUUGCCCCCAAAAAGAACCGAGAAGUCUGCGCCAACCCCACAGAUGAAUGGGUCCAAAAUCUCAUCAACAGUCCCACCCUACCUUAGUUGCCUCCCAAGAACUUGGCUUCAGUGACUGGAAAAGGGAAGGGCCAGCUCUAG